AUGGCUCAAACAACCCAAAGCCCCACAACAGCGUGUGCCGAGUAUAUCGCUCUCAGCUCCUUUUUUCACCAGGUCCCUGCUCCAGUCGUUCGGAAUGCGUAUGAUCGAUUGUCAAUCAACCAAGAAUACGUUUUGCCAUUUUCUAAAGAGCGUGGGCUAACCGAAGUUCUUGCCUUCCUGGCAAAAACCAAGGAUGGGUGGGAUCAUAUACCGGCUGUCUGCGUUAAACAGGACUCAUCUGGGACAACCUUAAAUGUCAUCCUAGCUAUCAACAAAAGAACCUAUGCCGAUGGGGAUCACAUUCUACAAAGAUUGAAAACAAGCUUUGAACAAGUAUUCAGAAUACUUCAUGACUCAGAAUAUGAUAAGUCCGAGCUCCAUAGAAAACUUUUGAUGUCAGUCAUCUCAAUGUGCUCAUCACGGGUACUAUGUCGGUUGCGACUCGAGCGGAAGGCAUCUAAGAGGCCUAUUCAAGAUCUAUUGAAAGAGGCCAUAUUCAGUAUUCGACGGAUCAAGACUCAGAAGCUUCACAGCGAGGAUUUAUCGUUCACAUCGACAUUAUUCAUAUCAGAGGCAAACAAAGUCAUACAGCUGGUUGUUCGAUGGUUGAAGCACCAGACUCUGGAUGAGCUGGGUGAUCUUGUGGAAGGAAUACAUCACUUGCAACAAACAGCACCACGUUUUCAUGAGUUGUUGAACAUAAUCUCGAACAAUGACAUGGAUCCGUCCUCACGAUCCAGUUUUCUGAACAUCAUCAGAAAGGUCUCAAGAUACUGGGAAGCCGCUAGGAAACUGUACCGAACGGCCAAAAAAUUUCCACUGGUCCGAAACAUGAGAAUUCAACUGGCAAACCUACCCCAAAAGGCAUUUGAAGGUCAAAUACACUCCAGCAAGUUUCCGGACCUAUGUACUUGUCUAUCCAAGCUUGGAUUGACUAAGGGGCAACAGGAUGUUCCCCAGUUGUGCCAAAAUUUGAAACUCGAUCAAAAAGCUGCACGUACCAGGUAUGAAGAAGCUCAGAAAGCUAUCUCAGCGUCCAAGAUUCAUGCCGAAAUUCAAAUUGUUGCCUUUUGCGAAAUGCAUGUUCAAAAGCCAUUUCCACGAGUUGUUAGUUCAAGCAAAGAUGCAUGCUUUCUUUGCGACACAUUCAUUCAGCUAUACGGACGAAUGCAUACUCCGAGAGCCCAUGGUCGGCUAUAUCCCGGCUGGAGACUCCCGAGUCUACCGGAAUUUGGAGCCCUCCAGCAGAGAUUUAAUGAAAGGCUAGACGAAAGUCUUCGACACAAUGUUUCACUAGGCCUAGCUCAAGGGAAACUGCCCGUUCAUCCGUUUCCGAAUGAAAGCAACUUGCUUACCUUGUCGGACUCUUCAACAACUGUGAAUUUACUGGAGCUCGUGUCAGAGAGCUCAGAGGAACGAAUGAAUUUGAUUGACUCGUCCAGUACCUUGUCGCAAGAUUCACCCAGAUACGGCCCUUCAUUGGCACUGACCCGAGAUUCAAGCACUGCGUGCUCUUUGAAUAAUUUCGUCGAGACCGUUUACUUGGCCAAGGGAGAACUAAUCAAUGAUUCUGUCAGAUUUAACAGACCUUUCCGUCUUUAUAUCGCAGAAUCGCUUGAAGUGCAUCUCGGAUUAGAAAAUCAAUCAACUUCUGGGACUAAAAAAGGAUCCUUAGGCUAUGGUAUCAAAAGGCUUACGGUUGACAACUUCCAAUACAUGAGAGAGAAAUGUCCGGUUGUUGAUGUGCAGCAGCUGGAUGGUGAAGUCUUGUUUAAGUUGUCUGAAGAUAAUUCGUUUUGCCUUGCCGCUGGGGAUGUGGUAUUGAAAAUUAAUACCCAAGGAUGGACCAACGACGAAUAA